CUUUGUGAAAAGGAAUCACACAAUGCGUUUUUUAAAGGUUCGAAAUUAGAUGGACAGGGUGCUAAAUAUUGGGAUGGUAAGGGAGGGAAAGGAUCUACAAAACCAGUUCUCAUUCAGAUUAAGGGAAGCGGAGAUUUCAACAACAUCCAUUUACUGAAUUGUCCUGAACGAUGUGCCUCUGUUCAUGGAUCACAUCUCUCACUGGUUGGCUGGAAUAUCGAUGUCUCUGCUGGAGAUAAAAACAAAUUGGGUCACAACACCGAUGGUUUCGAUGUUUCGGGAACUGAUAUAACAGUGAGAAAUUCCGUUGUGAAAAAUCAAGAUGACUGUUUAGUUGUGAAUCAUGGAAAUAACAUGCAUUUUCAAAAUCUCUACUGCUCUGGUGGACACGGGCUUAGUCUGUCCAUUGGUAUGAGUAAGACGUCAUAUAACGAUAAUGUGGCUCGCAAUAUCACUUUCAAAGACUGCACCGUUGUCAAUUCCGAUAACGGAAUCCACAUCAAAACGCACAAAGACGGCACCGAAGGACUCAUUCAAGAUGUCACUUAUAAAAAUAUUACUCUCCACGAUAUAAGAAAUUAUGGUUUGGAAAUUCAACAAGACUAUCCUGAUCACGAUGGACACCCAGUUGGAAAUGUUCCAAUUAGGGGCCUGACAAUAACAGAUGUGAAAGGCACCAUGACUGGAAAGAAGUCAGUACCGGUAGAAGUCGUUUGCGCAACAGGAGCAUGUUCUGAUUGGAUUUGGUCAGAGAUUAAAAUCUCAGGAAAUAAAAAGCCUUGUUCUAUGAACUAUCAUCCAUCUGGAUUUUCCUGUUAGUGGUUAUUGGAAUAUAGUACACAUGAAAUAUAUUGAAUUUAUUUUCA